AUGGGAAGCAUACGCAUUUGGGAAGCAAAGAAUGGCGCUCAUCUGCUGAAGGGUCCAAUGGGAUCAACAGAUGAUCAACGAGCGGAUAUACGAGAAGCGGAUCAGUCACGUCAAAGUGGUUCAUUAUCGCAGUCCUCACAGGACGAGGAUGAUCCAUAUCAAGAAAUUCUUCGAACAUACAACGAUAACGUCUCACACUUGGUAUUCCAUGGUUCAUCAUUGAAAUCAAUGAGCAAUAUUGAUUUCGAAUCAAUGAAUCAAUCGAUCAGUACCGCCCCUUCCGGUUCAUGCCGUGUACGAUUUCAAGACAGGGUUGAUCUUGAGGGAAGGUCAAUGAAAGCGGCUGAAAGUGCUUGA